AUGGGUCGUCUUCGGACUGCGGGCUCCGCAGUCUUCCUCGCCAUCGGUGGCUUGCUGUUCGGCUAUGACUCCGGCAUCAUCGCCAGCACUAUUGCCCAGCCAUACUUUGUCGAAUACAUGGGAGAACCAUCCGAGUCCGAACGAGGUGGCAUCGUUUCGUCUUUCACAGGUGGAGCCAUUCUGGGUGCGUUGUCGGUGUCGUAUCUGGCCGACAAGCUCGGCCGCAAGAAAAGUGUCUUCGUCGGUGCAGUCAUCUCCUGCUUCGGGUGUGCCCUCCAGGGCGGCGCUGUCAAUAUUCCCAUGAUCAUCGCUGGGCGCUUCAUAGCCGGUGUGGCGGUUGGUCUACUAUCCGCGAUCGUCCCCAUGUACUGCUCCGAGAUCGCCGUCUCGGAGGAUCGCGGCAAGCUGUCUGGUCUCCUGCAAUUCAUGCUGUCAUGGGGCUUCUUCAUCGCCCAGUGGCUGGGCUAUGGAUGCUUCCAGGUCGACAGCCCAUUUCAAUGGCGUUUCCCGCUGUCCUUCCAAGUCGUGCCCGGGCUCAUUAUGGCAGUGGGGAUCUGGUUCUUGAAGGAGAGCCCACGCUGGCUCGUCGAGCAGGAUCGCCUGGAAGAAGCUCGGAGUGUGCUUGCAUCACUACACGGCACCGGGUCCAACCAAGAAUUCCUUGACCUCGAGUUCCGCGAGAUCCGCGAUACCAUCGUUGCCGAGAAAGCGGUUGCUGUCAAGAGCUGGAAAGAAAUGGUAUCACGUCAGAGCUGGAGAAAGCGCUUGUUCCUGGGGAUGGGUAUUCAAGCAUUUGGUCAACUUUCUGGAAUCAAUGUGAUAAACUACUACGGCCCACAAAUCUACGCACUCCUGGGCAUCGAUACCGGCACUUCCCUCAAGAUCAUCGGCAUUUCUGGUUCUCUCUCCAUCGUCUAUUGCGUCAUAGGUCUCUACCUGCUUGACAAGAUCGGUCGCAUCAAGCCUCUCGUCGUGUCUGCCAUCGGAUUGGCGCUGGCACUACUAGUUAACUCGAUCCUGUCCAAGUAUUAUGUCGUCAGUGACAACCCAGACCCUAACAACAAUGCCCUACGUGCCAUGGUUGCGAUGAACUUCGUCUUCAGCUUGUUCUUCACAAUGAUAGGGAUCAUCUCGUGGGUCUAUCCUGCAGAAAUCUUUCCGGCGGAAAUUCGUGCUCGAGGCAACUCUCUGUCCACCUUUACGAACUGGUCACUAAAUCUGAUCUUCGCCCAAUGCGCGCCUAUCGCUUUGGCUGACAUGGGCUUCAAGUUCUUCUACUUCUUCUUCGCCUGGAAUCUGAUUGCAGCCGUCUGCUACAUUGUCUUCUUCCCAGAGACAAAAGGGAAGACGCUAGAACAAAUGGACCAGUUGUUCGGAGAUCAGAUCGUGCCCCAUGCGUUGCAAGAUAAGGAUGCUGCGGAGGUCGCAAUGUCGGAGAAGUUUAGGACGCAUGAUGAUAGUGUGAUUACUCAUGCUGAGGAUGUGUAG